AUGUCUUUCACUCUCACAGAUUCUUCUUCCUCCAUGGCUACUACAUUGAUAAAGAAAGGUGCUCAUUUUCUUUACUCAGGCAACUUAGCCAAGCCUCUUGCUGAUGUUUGCCUCAUCUGCACUAGGAAGGGGCACAAGAUCUCAGAUUGCAGCUACCAAAAUUUCAAGUCAGGAGAUUCCACCAAAUGCAAACUCUGCAAUGAUAAAUCUGAUCCUGUUGUCAUGGUCAAAGCCACAGAUGCUAUCAAAUUCUUUCUUGACCAGCUCAACCUUCAUAAUAAACAUCCAGAUCUCAUGCAUAAGCUUCACUCCAGUUUUCCAAUGGGGAACUUCCCUGCUCUCUCUCAAACUGUUAUUUUUCCAAAGUACAUUUCUGACUCUGCUCACAUUGCUUUUAUUGAUCUAUACUUUGAGGAGAAGGUGGCCACCAGGAGGAUGAGAUCAAAGACCAGAUUUGGUUCAGCAGCAGAUGUCACAAAGAUUGGCUCUAAGGGCUUCUUUAUUGAACACACCUGCCCAUUUGGUUGCUCAUCUUUAGAGAGCAAUGUGUGUCUGAUAGCAAAUGCAGUAAUGGAUAUCUGGAGUGUGUUGAAAGUCUCUCCAUCAGUCAACUCAUUCCUAUAUAAGUAUGAUAUGCAGAGCACAAAGGAUCUCAUUGCUUAG